AUAGCUUAUUAUAAAAAAAAAAAAAAAAGCGACACAGGAAGAGGACCGAGAAUCCAGCUUGUCUCCACUGGUGCUUCGACCAAAACGCUCCGGUCCUCUUACAUUGACGAAGAGCCAAGCUUUGGGAUUGGGUAGCGACCAGAUAGCGUAACACCCCCCCCCUCUCUCUCCUUCCUCCUCAUCCUCCUCCUCCUCCUCCUCCACCACCACCACCACCACCUCCUCCUCCUCUGUUGAGAAUUGCGUUAAAAAACGAAAAGCAAAGGCCUGAGCUUUUAUCAACAAUCACAGGACCAUUUUUUUUAUUUUUAUUUUUUUCCAUUUCUCCCCCCCCCCCCUUCCACUUUAUAGAUUAAACGAGGACACGUUGCUGGCUGGUGUAUGUGUUUAGAAUGGGACACGCUGAAGGUCCAGUCAAAGAAAAAGACAGUUAAGGAUGCAGGAGCCCAACAAUGGAUUUCUCCUUCUCUUUCAUGCAAGGGAUCAUGGGAAAUACAAUUCAGCAACCCCCUCAGCUCAUUGACUCAGCCAACAUCAGACAGGAAGGCACCUGCGACACCGGCAGUGACCCGGGUGAGGAUGGUGGUCCCUCCUAUGAUGCUGCCUUGGAUGCGGAGUUUCCUUACCCGCCGUCGGCCUCGGAGGACAUUCCUCAGGUCCCCAAUGGCUACCCGCCGGGUCUGGGCCUGUACGAGCCGCAGGCCAAGUUCUCCCUGUACUCGCAGUUCCCCAACGGCUCUGCAAACGGAUACGGGGCCAUACGGAGCUACGGAGACCACGGCCACAUGCCGGUGGAGGGGACGGUCCUGAGAGGCCCCGGCCUCCACGAGAGGCCCCUGUCUCCCGUGUCCCCCCCGCUGCCCAUGCACCACCCGCACCUCCAUCACCACCACCACCACCCGCACCACCACCACACGCACCACUUCCACUCGAACCCGCCCCACAUACAAACCCACACCCACCCGCAGAGCCCCCCGCUGCCGCCGCUGCCCUCCCAGCACCACCUGCCCCAGACGCCUCACAUCAUGGCCCACAACCUCCCUCCUCCGCCGCCAUUACACCUGCCUUCCUCCAGUCCUCCACCCUCCCUCGUGGACAGCACCCCCUCAUCUCAACCCACCCACGUCCUGUCCGGCACCCCCGGUGGGGUGCUGAAGAAAACCAGCUCUCCAGAGAUCAAGCUGAAAAUCAUUAAGACGUAUCAGAACGGGAAGGAGCUGUUUGAAUCUGCGCUGUGUGGAGACCUGCUGCAGGAACUGCAGAAGGAGUCUCAGAAGAACGAAGCCACUCAGAUGCAGCGCAGACACGAGAGGAAGAAGGAGAAGAGGAAAAAGAGCGUGAGGCUGCAGUCGCAGGUUCAGGAGCAGAACCUGGAGCCGAGCCAAACGCAGGCAGGUACCACGGGCCAGACAGAGGACACCCACGUCCAGCCCCAGCCGAAAGAAACGCCUUCGGCCCAGACAGAGAAGCCUCAGAAGACCGUCAUCAAAACUGAGCCAAAGACGCCGAAGGUUCCCAAGGUCCAUCAUCCAUCAGUGAUCCAAGAGACGGGCUUCUGUAAGGAGUUUGUCAUAGGAGAUCUGGUGUGGUCCAAGGUGGGCACCUACCCCUGGUGGCCCUGCAUGGUGUCCUCAGACCCUCAGAUGAAGGUCCACACUCGAAUCAACACCAGAGGUCACCGGGAGUAUCACGUCCAAUUCUUCGGCAGCGUGGCCGAGCGAGCCUGGAUCCACGAGAAGAGGAUAGUCAUGUACCAGGGGAAGCAGCAGUUCGACGACCUUCAGGCCGAGACUCUGCGCAAAACCACGAACCCUGUGGAGAAAUCCAAACUCCUGAAGCCCAUCCCCCAACGCGAGCGCACCCAGUGGGAAGUGGGCGUCGGCCACGCCGAGGACGCCUUCGUGAUGACGCGCCAGGAGCGGAUCGACAACUACACCUUCAUCUACGUGGACCCGGACCCCACCGAGCCCCCGCCCAACAAGAAGCCCGCCCUCAGGGUGGAGAAGCGGAGCCGGCGCUCCAGCGGCUCCAUCAGCAAGAGGGAGGACGGCGCCGUGAAGUCGCCGGAGAGGGAGCAGCCUCCGCGGAGGCAGCUGCCGCGGAGGCAGUGCAGCGUCUCCAACGCGGACGACGCCGCCAACUCCCAGGCCUCCGGCGAGGAGAAGGGCCAGAGGGGGGAGCAGCGCAAGUCCAGCUCCGGCUCGCCCAAACACAACCCCGGCUGCGAGGCGCGGACGCGGCAGGACUCGCCGCCUCCCGUCAGGGCUUGGAAGACGGCGGCCGCCAGGAAGCUGCUGCCCCUUUCCAUCACCAUGAAGAGGCUCAAUGUGGAGAUAACGAAGUGCGACUGGCCCCUCCUGCAGAAAAAAGCGCCGGCGUCUCCGAAGAAGGACAAAGAAGAAGAGAAGGAGGAGAGGGUGGAGAGGGAAGGCCGGCAGCCCGACCUGGGAUACUGCUCCCCUGAGGACAGCAGAGCCAAACCGGAGCCGAGUCCGGAGGAGGAGGACGACGGCGACGAAGGGGAGGAAGACGGCGAGGAGAGGAGAGGCUCCCCCGCUAGUCGGAGGAGUGAGGAGGGAGGAACGCAGCCGACCUCGUCCCCAGGGUCACACCACAGUAGCCCACAAGGUUCUCAGGAGAGGAAGCUGCAGCGGCGGUCGGUCCGGAGCCGGUCCGAGUCGGAGAGAGGCAACGACGCCGUCCCCAAGAAGAAAACCAAAAAGGAACAGGCUGAGAUGGCUCCAGAGACCACGAUGAGGACGGGUUCACAGAAAGGAGCCAGCGAGAUCUCGGACGCCUGUAAGCCCCUGAAGAAGCGGAGCAGGGCGUCGACGGAUGUGGAGAUGGCUUCAUCUCAGUACAGAGACACCUCUGACUCAGACUCCAGAGGCCUCAACGACUCACAGGGUUUAUUCGGGAAGAGCCUCGACAGUCCGGCUGCGGCGGACGCGGACGCUUCAGACACUCAGUCCGUGGACUCUGGCUUGUCCCGUCAGGACAGCAGCACCGGCAAGAGGGACACAGUGUGCCAGAUCUGCGAGGCGUACGGAGAGGGUUUGGUGGUGUGCGAAGGUGAAUGCAACAGACAGUUUCACCUGGAGUGUCUCGGUCUGUCCACUCCACCUGAAGGCAGAUUCACCUGCUUGGAAUGUAGAAAUGGCAAUCAUCCUUGUUUUAGCUGUAAAACGGUCGGCAGCCGGGAGGUGACUCGCUGCUCCGUGACCGGGUGCGGUUGCUACUACCACAAGGACUGCGUUUUGAAGCUCCCCGGUACGACCAGCAGUCCGGGCGGAGGCUUCUCCUGCCCCCAGCACAGCUGCUCAACGUGCUGCCUGGAGAGAGACCUGCAACGGGCCAGUAAAGGUCGUCUGAUCCGCUGCAUCCGCUGUCCGCUGGCCUAUCACACGGGCGACAGCUGCGUGGCGGCGGGCAGCGUCACCCUCACCCAUCACAUCAUGAUCUGCAGCAACCACGGCAGCGCCAAGAGGAACGGCCUCCUCUCGUCCCCCGUCAACGUGGGAUGGUGCUUUCUCUGUGCCAGAGGGCUGUUAGUGCAAGACCUUACUGACACCAUAUUAAGUUCAUAUGCCUAUAAGUCCCACUACCUUCUGACUGAGUCAAAUCGUGCUGAGUUGAAAUUACCUAUGAUUCCCUCUCCUUCGUCAGCUACCAAAAAGAAUGUUGGGAAAGGAGGCAAGUUGCUGUGCUGCGACUCAUGCCCGGCUUCCUUCCACCCGGAGUGUCUGGAGAUGGAGAUGCCGGAGGGCGCGUGGUCCUGCAGCGAUUGCAGGGCAGGGAAGAAACCUCACUACAAACAAAUUGUCUGGGUCAAACUGGGCAACUACAGGUGGUGGCCGGCGGAGAUCUGCAACCCUCGCCUGGUGCCCUCCAACAUCCAGAGCCUCCGCCACGACGUCGGCGACUUCCCCGUCUUCUUCUUCGGAUCCCACGACUACUACUGGAUCAACCAAGGCCGCGUCUUCCCCUACGUGGAGAACGACAAGAACUUCGUCACGGGUCAGAUCAACAUCAACAAAACCUUCAAGAAAGGUUUGGAAGAAGCAGCGCGGCGGUUUCAGGAGCUCAAGGCGCAGAGGGAGAGCAGGGAGGCUCUGGAGCAGGAACGCAACUCACGCAAACCUCCACCCUACAAAUUCAUCAAGUCCAACAAGCCCAUUGGGAAGGUACAGAUGCACGUAGCCGACUUGUCAGAAAUCCCACGAUGCAACUGUCGGCCAACAGACGAGCAUCCGUGCAGCCUGGACUCGCAGUGUCUCAACCGCAUGCUGCAGUACGAGUGUCAUCCACAGGUGUGUCCUGCUGGAGACAAUUGUGAAAAUCAGUGUUUCUCCAAGCGGCUGUACGCCGAGACUGAAGUGGUGAAGACGGACGGGCGUGGCUGGGGCCUCAGGACCAACCAGGCUCUCAGGAAGGGUGACUUUGUGACUGAGUAUGUGGGAGAAGUCAUAGACUCGGAGGAGUGUCAGCAGCGGAUCAAGCGUGCACAUGAAAAUCACGUUACCAACUUCUACAUGCUCACCCUGACCAAGGACCGUGUGAUAGACGCCGGCCCGAAAGGAAACUCGUCUCGGUUCAUGAACCACAGCUGCAGCCCAAACUGUGAAACCCAGAAGUGGACGGUGAACGGAGACGUUCGUAUCGGACUCUUCACCCUCUGUGACAUCGAGUCUGGCACAGAGCUGACAUUCAACUACAACCUGCACUGUGUGGGCAACAGGAGGACGUCCUGUCACUGUGGAUCUGACAACUGCUCUGGAUUCCUGGGGGUGCAGCCGACGAGCGCGGUAGUGAUGGAGAAGGAGGAGAAGGCGAGGAACGCCAAGCUGAAGCAGAAGAGGCGGAAGCUGCGUCCGGAGGGCAAACACACGCACGAGUAUUUCUGCUUUUGCUGCGGAGAAGGAGGCGAGCUGGUGAUGUGCGACAGGAAGGACUGUCCCAAAGCGUAUCACCUGCUGUGUCUCAACCUCACCAAGCCGCCAUAUGGGCGCUGGGAGUGUCCGUGGCACGACUGCAGCGUCUGCGGCUCCCCGGCCUCGUCCCUCUGUGACUUCUGCCCCCGCUCGUUCUGCCGGGACCACGAGGCCGGGGCGCUCACCGCCUCCUCCCUGGAAGACCGGCCCUGCUGCUCCAGCCACGACCCGGCCAGCCCCCUGGGCUCCAGCUCCGCCCAGCCGCUCUGCUCCUCCGCCCCGAGCCCCGUCCGGGUCAAAGAGGAGCCGGAGGCGGAGCCGGGCCAGCCGUCCUCGGAGUGACGCGGCGCCGCACACCUCCCUCGAUACCUCAUUCCCCCGCGAAAAAGCGCACUCUGAUCCGAUCCGAUCCGACCUCUCGAUCCGAAGCGGGCGGGAAAGGGAAUUGCAGUGCUUUUUUUUUUUUUUUCUUCUUUAAAAAAACAGCGCUGUGACUGCGACCCGGAGCCGAGACACACUGACGAACACCUUCGAGGUCGGAGUGUUUAGAUUUCCCCCCCUCCCUCCUCUCUUUUGCCAUAAAACACCACAACCACUUAACACUCUUCUGCAGCUCGCCUGCGGCCGUCACGAGGCCCCAGACCCGCCACCUCAUUUUGUUUUUCAGUUUUUAAUCAUUAUUUUUUUUACAGCCGUGGAAAUUUUUUAAGUGUUGUCACGUCGUCAGUUACCGGCACUUUGAAGAAACUCAACGAGUGAGGAGGAGGAGGAGGAGGAGGUGUAAAGCCUCUCUUCACCACCACCACCACCACCACCACCACCACCGCGCUGCUCCUCUUCUCCUCGUUGACCUGCUGUAAGCUGUGGGUUGGCUUCACGGCGGAGACGAGGCAGCUUUUCUCCGUCGCUCCAGUGAUCUGUCGUGGGGAGCUUUUUUUGGGGGGGAGG